GAUAACUUAGGUUUCUGUUUUUUUCUUUAAAAAUAACCUUAAAGCUUAAAUAACUUGUCGAUCGUGCGUUAAAGAGAAGAGCUAUUCAAGCAGCCCAAAUAUCACUCAAGUUCGUAGGACCUAUUUACAGAAAAUUUUCAUGAAAAAAAUUAGAACAUUAACUUUUCGUGUAUAAUGCAUAUUAAUUCUAUUAAAUCAUUUCGAUGUAGAAAGAAAAUCAUAACUCGUUAAUACAUAUUAGUGCGGCCAAAAUUAUAAGAUUUCAUCAAAUUACUUUUCAACUUCUGGUCAAUGAACAAAGUGACAACUAAACCAAAUAAUAGUAGCAUGCUUUAUCAAAAAUGCACAAAUAUUUUAUAUUAUCUAAAAGUGUAUCAUGUUUUACCUGUCUUUAUAACUUCAGAAUCACACACAUUUCUAUGUGUUUGGUGAUGGUCAAAUUGAAAUUUAAGAGACUAGAAUCUACUACACGUGCGGUCAAAGUUGACACGUGAGACAAUUAAUUGAAGGAAGAAACAAAAAAAAAAAAAAAAAGCUUGACCAACAACAAAAAAAAGUGAGAGGCUGAGAGCAUUUUUGGUCCGUCGUCAUAAAAAUACUUUCUUUCAAUUUAGCCGUCUCCUUGACCAUCCAGAUUCAAUGAUUCAUUGGACUUCACUCACUUUUUUAUUUUUUCAUUUUAGUCCCUCAAUUGUUGCUAAAUUAUACAAUAGACACAUAGCAGCCGCAAAUCAAGUUGUUUCUAAUAUUUGCAGUCAACCCCAAUAAUUUUCUUUAAUUUUACGAUGGCACGAAUAUAUUGUUAUUUACAAUUUACCCCCUGAUUUAACUUUAUAUACAAUUUAAAGGAGGCUUUUGAACAGACACGUGCGUUAAAAUAACAUCCACUAGAUUCUCUAAUUGAGUCACAUUACUUCCACGUAUAAAUUGUCAUUACUAUCAACUCAUGUUACAUGCAAAAACAAAAACCCUUAAAGCUUUCAUGGAACAUAGAGAGACUUAUAACACGAAUGAGGUGAAAUACAGAGGCGUACGAAAGCGUCCAUGGGGGAAAUAUGCGGCGGAGAUACGCGACUCAGCUAGACACGGUGCUCGUGUUUGGCUUGGGACGUUUGACACAGCGGAAGACGCGGCUCGGGCUUAUGAUAGAGCAGCUUUUGCCAUGAGAGGCCAAAGGGCCAUUCUCAAUUUCCCUCACGAGUAUCAAAUGAUGAAGGACGGUCCAAAUGGCAGCCGAGAGAAUGUGGUGGCUUCCUCGUCGUCUGAAUAUAGAGGAGGAGGUGGUGGUGACCGGAAGGAAGUUAUUGAGUUUGAGUAUUUAGACGAUAGUUUAUUGGAGGAGCUUUUAGAUUAUGGAGAGAACUAUAACCAAGACACUUGGAACGACGCAAACCGUUAGAUCGAUUGUCACUUCUUGUCUUCCUUCAACCGUUAGAUCAUCACUACUUACUUACAGUAUCUAAUGGGUGAUGUUAUUUUUCUUGCUUUUGGGGUAAAGAGUAUUAAUCAAUAUGAUA